AUGCUUAUUAAAAAUGAAGACGGUGGCAAUAAUCUUUAUGAUUUUACUUGUAAUAAACCUAGCUCUAUUUCUUUAUUUCAUUAUAUAAAUAUAGAAAAUAAUAAAUUAAAUAAAGAAAUUGAUGAAAAUAAAAAGGAAAAUGUUAUUUUAAAUAAUGAAAAUGAAAAGGAAAAACUAAACACAAUAGAAUGCGUAAAAAAAUUAAAAGACAAUUCAGAAAAUUUUCUUCUCUCCAAUGAAGAAAAUAUUCAAAAAAGUAAUGCAGAUAAUUUAAAUAGUAAUGAAAAUGUAAAAAAUGUGUUAGAAUUAAUUUAUCAUGAAUCCUAUAAGUUAAUUUAUGAAGACACAAAUAUACAUAUAGAAAUUCCAUCAGUAAUAUAUGAUGAGAAUAAUAAUUAUAGUAGCAGUGAAAAUAAAAUAAAUAAUGUAAGAAAAAUUGAUAAUUUAAGAGAUUAUUUAAAUAAUAAUUUAAAGGAUUGUGUUUUGAAAAAUAAGAAAUUGUUUUUUAAAAAUAUAAAUUAUAUUACAGAACUACUGAAUUAUAAUUUUUUUUCCAUAUAUAAAAAUGUGAAUAAUUCUAAUGUAAUUUUUUUUCAUCAUCAUGAUAAUUUCAUAAGUCAUAUUUUGAAAAUUAAAAAAAAAAAAUUACAAAAUGUUAAAAUUAUCGAAGAGAAAAGUUUUAAUAACAAAAUUAAUAAUGAUGAAAACAUUUUUAAUCCAUCUGAAAAAGAUGAACUUUCAUUAAAUAAAAAUAUUGAUGAAAACAAUUUCAGUGGUAAUCAUUUACAUAAAGUGAAAUUGUGUAAAGAUUAUCAAAAAGAAUGUGAUGAAAUAAAAGUUGAUAAAAAUUUUCCAAAGGAAAAUGACAUAUAUGAAAAAAAUAUAUUAAAAGAAAGAAAUGAACAAGAUAAAACAAGUAAUAAUUAUUGUUGUAUAUAUGAAAAAAUAAAAAAUAUUUACUGUAUAUGUGAACCAGGAAUUAAUUACAAAUAUAUAUAUCCACCAAAUUAUAAAAUAGACAAUAUUAAAAUUUUAUAUGUUCCCAAAACAAAUAUCUUAUUUAAUUCCAAAUUUGAAAGUGCUAAUUUGAAAUAUGCAAUGAAGGAAAAAAAUAAAGAAAUCUAUUCAUUGUUUUUAAAUCAUGAUAUAAGGAUGAAUGAAAAAAAAAAUCAAUGGUUUUAUUUUAGUGCUAGUUACGUUCCAGAUGAAUAUUAUAAUGAAGAAUUAUAUCAAAAAAAAAAUAAGCAGAGGAAUAUGAAUGAAUUUUUUAAUGAAAUAAAUAAAGAUAUUUAUAUUGAUUGUGAUAAUAUCAAAUAUUCUGUUGAUUCUUGUGAUAAAUUUUCAGUAUCUAAUAUCAGAAAGUUGGAAAAACCAUUUACUGUUAGAUUUAAAAUAGUAAAUAUGUCAAAACCUUAUUUUUUAUAUAGAGAAGGAUAUUCCCCUUUAAUUUUUUCAGAGUGUAAAAAUAAAUUCGAAAAUAUUUAUUGGGAGAGAUGUGCAUAUGAUGUGAAGUAUAUAAAAAAUACUUCAUCAAAAUAUUUUAAUAUAAAAAAAAACUGUUUUGAAAAUUUAAAUUACAACACUUAUACAUUAGAAUUUAGUUAUGAUUUUACUUAUUCUUACGAUACUGUAUAUUUUUGUAGUUGUUAUCCAUAUACUUAUUCAUAUUUAACACAAUAUUUAAAUUCUAUAAAAGACUAUUUAAAGAAUAAUAAAACUAUUAAUUAUAUAGAACAAACAUUAUGUAAAACUAUUUGUGGCUUUAAAUGCCCAAUCCUAGUCAUAACAAAUUAUGAUAAUAUUAAUAACACACAAGAAAAGGAAACAAAAGAAAAUCAAAAUAUCUCAGAAGAAAUAAAUGAUAUAAUUAAUGAAAUAUCUGAUAAUAAAGUCGAAGAAAAAAAUCAUUUCAACAAUAAACAUAUAAAUACAAUUAAAAAUAGCAACUUCAUUUCUAAUCGUAAAAAUGUAAAAACAGAAGAAGCAGAUAUAUUUCAAAACGAUGAAUUCUUUUGCAUUAAACGUUAUACAGGUCAGAGGAAUAUAGAAAAUGAAAAGGAUAAUAAAGUCUCUAUCUCAAUUAACAAUGAACCAUGUUUUUCAAAUAAUAAUGAUAUUAAUUUAAAAGAUACAGGAUUAUAUAUUGGUACAUGCUUUGAUGAUUUAAAUAAAGUUAACAAAAUGAAUAAAUCAGAUGUAAAUGAAUAUAAAGAAGAAAACUAUGGUAAUAUUGAUGAUAAUAUAAGCAAUAGUAAUAAAAUGAUUCAUUAUAAGAUAUUUUAUAAUUUAAAUGAAAAUAAUUCAUAUAUGAAUGAAAAUGAUAAUAAAAAUGAUAAUAAAAAUGUUAAUAAAAAUGAUAAUAAAAAUGAUAAUAAAAAUGUUAAUAAAAAUGAUAAUAAAAAUGUUAAUAAAAAUGAUAAUAAAAAUGAUAAUAAAAAUGUUAAUAAAAAUGUUAAUAAAAAUGAUAAUAAAAAUGAUAAUAAAAAUGAUAAUAAAAAUGAUAAUAAAAAUGAUAAUAAAAAUGAUAAUAAAAAUGAUAAUAAAAAUGAUAAUACAAACAUUGAAAAUAAUAAUACCGAGAAUUCAUCAAAUAUAGUAUUAUCACAAAAAACAAUAAAUAAAAGUUCUGACAUUUUUAUGAAUCAAUUUUCUAGUUUAUUAAAGAAGGAUGUUAUUUAUGAAACAAAGAAAAACAAAACUAAAGGAUCAUUAAAUUCAAAUGGAAUUUUAAAUUUUCAAAAAAAAGAUAAAAAUAUUAUUUUUUUAACAGCACGUGUACAUCCUGGAGAAACUAAUUCAAGUUAUGCAAUGCAUGGAUUUAUAUCAUUCAUUAUAUCAGAUAAUAUAUAUGCAAAUAUUUUACGUGAUAAUUUUAUUUUUAUUAUAAUACCAAUGUUGAAUAUUGAUGGUGUAGUGUUAGGUCAUAAUAGAUAUUGUUCUAAUGGAUUUGAUUUAAACAGACAAUGGAAUAAACCGAUAUUUUAUCUACAUCCAACUAUAUAUGCAGCAAAAUCAUUGAUAAAAAAAAUUAGUAAAAAUAAUAAAAUUGUAUUUUUUUGUGAUUUUCAUGGUCAUUCAAGAAAAUAUAAUUGCUUUUUAUUUGGAAAUUCAAAUACAAAUAUAUAUUUAAAAAAUAAAAAGUUUGCAGAAAUAUUUCCUGAAAUAGUUGCAGAAUCUUUACCAUGGUUUUCUCUUAAAGAUACAAAAUUUAAAAUUGAAAAUGAAAAUAGAGGGAUAGCUAGAUAUAUAUGUGGAUAUGAAUUUAAUAUUGAUUGUAGUUAUACAUUAGAAAUGUCUUUAAUAGGAGUGAAAAUAAGAAAAGAUUUUAAUUUUAAAUCGAAUGUCAAUAAAGACUUUUUAUUUACUAUAAAUAAUGAAACAUUCAAAAAUAAAGAAAAUAAUGAAAAUAAAGAAAAUAAAGAAAAUAAAGAAAAUAGAGAAAAUAAAGAAAAUAAAGAAAAUAAAGAAGAUAGAGAAAAUAAAGAAGAUAGAGAAAAUAAAGAAGAUAGAGAAAAUAAAGAAAAUAAAGAAAAUAAAGAAAAUAAAGAAAAUAAAGAAGAUAGAGAAAAUAAAGAAAAUAAAGAUAUGAUUCAAUACAAUUUAAAAAAUUAUAUAAUAAAUGACAAAAUAAAAAAUGAUAAAAAAAUUCAUAAUAAUUGGAAUGAUAUUGAGGUAAAUGAAAAGACAAAUGAUAACUUCAAGGAAUCUGAUAAUAAUUUCAGUCAAAUAGAAAAAAAAAAAAAUACAAAAAUAAAAGUUGAUUCAACUAAGGAAAUUAUUGAAUCUCAUAAUAAUUAUGAUAUUUCUUUUUAUAAUAAUAAUCAUUCUUUAAAUGAAAAUAUUGAAUGUAAAAAGUCAAAAAAUUUAAAUGAUACAAAUAAAAUAGAAAAUAACGCAAGUACAGUUGAAAAUUAUUAUGAUCCAACUGCAUAUGAUUUCUUUUAUUAUGAUGAAAAUAUGUUUUUAAUGACUGGUAUUAGCUUUGGUAUUUCACUUUUCAAAUUUAUGAAUUUUUCAGCAUAUUAUGAAUCUUCAUUACAUAAAAUGGUUGAUGAAAAAAAAUUAUUGAAGAGUUCAUCAAUGACAAGAAAUAUUAAAGGUACAAAUAACAGUGAUGAAUUUGAAGGACUUAAUAAAAACAAAUCUAAUAAUUCUAAUGGACUGAAAAAAAUAAAUCUUAAAAAGAAAACGAGAUUAAAGAAAAAAUAUUUUGAUAAUUCAUGUAAUUUUAGUGAUGCAAAAAUUAAUAAAAAUAAUUUACAAAAUGUUGGUAAUAAUAAUUUCUUUAAUGAUGUAAAACAAUUGAAUAAUGAUAUUGAAGAAGUGGAUAGAAAAAAAGAAGAAUUAAUAAAUAAUGAACAAAAAUCUAAUAAUAAUUAUUUAAGUAAUACUAUGGAAAAAAAUAUUAUUACUAUUAAUAAUUAUAGUAAUAGUAAUAUAUGUUCUAGUUAUAAUAAAAAUGGUGAUUUGUUUGUUGACAGUAAUCAUAAUAAUGUAGGUAAAUUUAUAAAAAGCUUAAAUAGUUAUACAAAAAAAGGAAAACAAAUUGAACAUAAAAAAUUUGAGAACAAGAAAGAAUAUUUGAAAGAUAAUUACAAAAAUAUAAAAAUUAAUUUAAAAGGAAAAGAAGCAAAUAACUUAAAUAUUAUUAAUAAAAAAAGAGAUGAAGAGAAAUUGCAAAGUAUAAGGCACCAUAGAAUUAGGCACACUAUCAAUUCAUUCACUGAUAUUGACAGGAAAUAUUUUUUGAAUAAAAAUUUAAAUAGUACAUAUAACGUAAAAGAUGAUGAAAAGAUAAAAUUUUUUAGUAGAAAUAAAUUUAAUUUUACCUUAAAUUCAAAUAAUGUUUUUAAAAGAAAAAUGAAUGAAUCAAAUAAAGAGGAAUAUCAAUAUAUUGACUCAUUUUUAUGCAUUAGCGAUAAUAGUAACAACAUUGAUAAUAAUAAAAAUAAUGAUUAUAAUAAUAAUAUUAAUAAUAAUAAUAUUAAUAAGAUAAGUAAUAAUAAUAAAAAUAAUGAUUAUAAUAAUAAUUAUACCACUGCUGAUAAUAAUAAUAAUAAUAAAAAAUAUAAUCUGCUUAAUAAACAGAUGAAUCGUGAAAGUUUGUUAAAUAAUAAUAUAUCUAGUAAAAAUAAUAUAUAUCUUUUUGGAUCGAAAAAUUGCAAAUUUAUGAUUAAAGAAAAAAAAAAUAAUAAUAAGAGUAGAUCUGCAACAGCAAAAAGCAAGAAGUGUAUGAAGGAUAAAGAUAUAGAAAAAAAAAAAAAAGUGGAAAAAAAAAGUGCAUUUUUGUCUGAUUCUUAUUUAGAUAGAACAAAAAUGAAAGAUACAGUUAUUUUAAGUGAAUACAUUAAUAAUAAAAAAACUUUUAUAAAUUAUGAGAUUAAAAAAAUAAAAGAAAGCAUGAAAUUAUCAAAAACUAGAAAAAUAAAAGAUCAAGCAUUUACAACAGAUUUAAUACAUACAAAAAAAAAACAAAACGAAUUGGAAGGUAAAGACAAACACUUCAUAAAAAGAAAUAAUAACAUAAAAGAAAAGAAUAUUAAGGGAAAUAAAAUGAAGAAUAAUAUAAAGAUUUGCAAAAGUUUAAGUAUUAUUAAAAUUGUUAAUACUAAAAAUAAAAGAGAUGAAAUGAGUUGUUCGUUUCCAGUUGUUAAAGAUAAUGAUAAAACUAUGCGUGUAAAAAGAAAAAAAAAAAUAAAAAAAAAAAAUCUACAUAAUAAGCAUGUUGCAUCUUUUAUUAUGAAAUUGAAAAACUGUUUAAUAUCUGAAGAAUUAUUAUAUGAUCAUAAAUAUUUUAAAAUAUUAAAUUUAAAAAAAAAAAAAAAUAAAAAAAAACUAUAA